UUCAUUUUCCACAACCCCAUAACAAUUACUCCCAAAUCUCAUUACAUUUCGAUUUCACUCCUCAUUUCGCAGCACAUCCGCAAACCAUGUCCACCCCCAAACGCCCCAUCUACAUAAUAUCCUACACCUCCCCCCUCUUCCCGGCCCACUGGUCCCUCUGGAUCCCCUCCUCCUACAAUUCUCUCACCAAAACACCCGGCACCAGCGGGAAACGCAUCCACGUCACCGGCGACGCCUUGAAUGGCUUCACGCAUGAAUUCAGUAGGAAUUAUGACAUCGACGAUGAUUCUCGUGCUAAGACGAUUCAUUUCAUUUCUUGGGUUGAGGCUGUGAAUGUCGUGGAUGGGGACGAUGCUGGGGAUCCAGUUGAGGAUGUUGUUGCGACGGACAAGAUGGAGGAGUGGGCGCUGAAGGUUGAGGCGCCCGGGAGGAGUUUGAGGGGUGUGGAAGAGGGUCUAAAGAGUAGGGUUCAGGUGAGGAAUUGUCAGAGUUGGUUGAGGGAGUUUGUGGGGAAGCUUGUUGAGAUGGGGAUUUUUGAUGAGGAUGCUUUGGAGAAGGUUGAUGCUGUUCCUAAGAAUUAGAUGAUUGUAGGUGUGCUUCAGAGGAGGGUUUGGGCCUAGAAUCAAUUAGCAUUCACCCAACGUUCGUAAGAG